CACACGCGCACGCACACACACACACACACACACACGUCGUUAAGCGGCGACUUCCCGCCUCAGUGUCACAUUUUUGCCGUUGAUAAAAGCAGGAGGUGCACAUGCGCAGUAGGGAACCACGGCCACUGAGCUGUUUCUCCGUGUAGAUAUCAUACAUGAACCGACACAGCUUCACUCACCUCGCUCAGUGACAGAGCAGCCAUUUGCUAGCUGCCCGCUGCUACUGCUACUGGCGGUUAGCUCCCACUACAGCGACCCGCCACAUGAUAUUAAAGUUUGUUUUUUCCCGACCUGCAGCUUGUCAGAGAGAGUUUGGAGCCGCCGCCAUCGGAGAAGCGACAUUAAACGGCGCCGUUCGCCCGCAGCAGCAGCAGCAGCAGACAAAGAGCAAGAUGUUAAAGUCGUUCUGCGUGAUGUUGGCUGCUGUGAUUUUCCUGGGAGUUGUUUUGGACGGUGCAGGAGCAGCAGCAGCAGCAGCUCUUACAAACGACGCGACGGCCGAGAGCUCUUCAUUCUUCAACCGCACAGAUGCAAGUGUGAAGAGGACCGAGUCCGUCACUGUGGAGGGUCCGAGGGGAGACAGACCGACUCCUGCUGCAGCAGAGACAAAGUUCUACAGCACCACCACUGUCAGGGGCAAACAGCUGGACACCAAAAACAUCAGCAAAGAAGUCAACAACAACAAAGAAGAAGAGGAAAAAGAUGAAAAGGUUGACAGGAAAGGAGAAGAUGGCAAAAAUAAACUUGACUGCCCUCCCCUCGGGCUGGAGUCCCUGCGGGUCGAUGACAGCCAGAUCCAGGCCUCGUCCUACCAGCGGGCGGGCCUGGGUCCUCACAGGGGGAGGCUGAAUAUCCAGUCGGGCAUUGAGGACGGGGACCUGCACGACGGAGCCUGGUGUGCAGAGUACAAGGACCGGCACCAGUGGCUCGAAGUGGACGCCAUCCACCUCACCCUGUUCACCGGGGUCAUCCUGCAGGGCCGCAACUCCAUCUGGAGUUGGGAUUGGGUCCACACCUACCACGUGCAGCUGAGUAACGACUCCGUGAGCUGGAAAACCUGCAUGAACGGGACGAAAACAGCGAUAUUCGAAGGGAACCAGAAUCCAGAGACCCCGGUGCUCGGCCUCCUCCCCGUUCCCACUGUGGCCCGUUUCAUCCGGAUCAACCCGCAGACCUGGUACCCCAACGGCACCGUCUGCCUCCGGGCCGAGAUCCUCGGCUGCCGCGUGAACGACCCGACCGAUGGCUACGCCUCAGAGCCAGAACCGGCAUCCAAGGACGCUCUGGACUUCAGGCACCACAACUACAAAGAGAUGAGAAAGCUGAUGAAAUCGGUGAGCGAGGAGUGCCCCGACAUCACCCGCAUCUACACCAUCGGCAAGAGCUACAUGGGCCUCAAGCUCUACGUCAUGGAGAUCUCAGAUAACCCCGGCAAACACGAACUCGGCGAGCCGGAGUUUCGCUACGUGGCCGGGAUGCACGGGAACGAGGCCCUGGGCCGGGAGCUGGUCCUCAACCUCAUGCAGUACUUGUGCCGCGAGUUCAAGAGGGGCAACGGGCGCGUAGUGCGACUGGUCACCGAGACGCGGAUUCACCUCCUGCCCUCCAUGAACCCCGACGGAUAUGAAGUCGCUUAUGAGAAGGGCUCGGAACUGGCCGGCUGGGCGGAGGGACGAUACAGCUUCGAGGGGAUCGACCUGAAUCACAACUUCCCGGACCUGAACAACAUCAUGUGGGACGCUCAGGAGAAAGCGGGAGCGGACCCGUCCAAAGUCCCCAACCACUACAUCCCCAUCCCGGAGUACUACACCAAGGAAGAUGCUAUGGUGGCGCCGGAGACCCGCGCCGUCAUCAGCUGGAUGCAGGACAUCCCGUUCGUGCUCAGCGCCAACCUGCACGGCGGCGAGCUGGUGGUGGUGUACCCCUUCGACUGCACGCGCGACUGGGCCCCCCAGGAGGACACGCCCACGGCGGACGACGCCUUCUUCCGCUGGCUGGCCACCGCCUACGCCUCCACGCACCUGGUGAUGGCCGACCCCGACCGCCGCGUUUGCCACUACGAGGACUUCCAGGCGCACAACAACAUCAUCAACGGCGGCGCCUGGCACACCGUCCCCGGCAGUAUGAACGAUUUCAGCUACAUGCACACCAACUGCUUCGAGGUGACGGUGGAGUUGUCCUGUGACAAGUUCCCUCACGCCAGCGAGCUCCCCAUCGAGUGGGAGAACAACAAGGAGUCUCUGCUGGUUUACAUGGAGCAGGUUCACAGAGGGAUUAAAGGCGUGGUGAGGGACAAGGAGACCAAACAGGGAAUAACAGAUGCUCUCAUCAAGGUGGAGGACCACGAACAUGACAUCCGAUCAGCUGCUGACGGCGACUACUGGCGUCUGCUGAAUCCGGGCGACUACAAGGUGGUGGUGUGGGCCGACGGCUACUACCCGUCCAUGCGCCGGUGCCACGUCGGGACGGAGCCGCGCGCCACCGUCUGCGACUUCGCCCUCACCAAGACGCCCGUUCAGCGGCUGAAGGAGAUCCGGGCCAGAGGGGGGAAGAUCCCGCAGGACCUCCAGCUGCGCCUCCGGGCGCUGAGGCUCCGCAAGCUUCGCGCCAGCACCAAGGCCAUCAACCGCCGCAGGGAGAGCCAGCGGCUGCAGCAGCAGGAGCGGCUGCUGCCGACGAGGAGGGCCCGGGCCUCUGGAGCCCGGGGGGUAUGAGAGGAGAGGCGGGGGCGGGGGGGGACCAACGGGCUCCCAGCUCAUCUCCGAGGAGCCUCAGAGAUGAGCUGGGACGAAGGAUUACAUCUAAUCUCUGAGAUGAGGAAAAAUGUUUCUACUGUCACUGAUGUGAAAGGGUCGGUUAGCCCUUACAGAAAAAAAUGUGAUUUCCUACACCGCACCGGUGACGUGCAGACUUUUGUAAGAGCUGAGAUUUGAAAAUAUUUCAUCCCUGAAAUUUUUCCAGGGGUUUGCUGACCCUUCUAAAUAUUGAUAACCCAAAGUUGACGCGAGCGGGGUUUACAUACAAAAACAAAGAUACUCGCUGCGAACGUUACAUCUAAAAUAAAGUUCCACAAACACAUUUUUGAAAAUUUCAACUCGUCUGUAAAAUGUAUCUAUAGACGGCGAUAAUGUUCCCUGUGUCUGUUGCUUAUCUGUAAAGAGACUGAGUUGCGGAUUCAAGUGUCAGCUGGUCUGAUAUGUCCAACAGGACCAUGAACUCUGAAAUAAUAAAUAUUCCUUGAUA